AUGGAAGAUGUUAAUCACUUGAACACCUCUAACAUAAUUGUUUUUACCGAUACAGAUACAGUUAAACAGGCAUACAGCAAUGAAAAAUCUUUACCAAGUAAAACCUUUUCUGUACAAAGAUCAUCACACAGAAAUGUUCCAGAAUUUUGCUGUGAGAUUUGUAAGAAAACAUAUCCUUCAAAACAUGAAGCCUUCAAACACAAAGAAACACACAAGGAAAACCACUAUCAGUGUGAAGUGUGUGGAAAAUUUUUUAUUUCACGGACGAAAUUAACAAAACACAAACGGAUUCACACUAGAGAGAAACUUUUCCUUUGUAAGAUAUGUGGGAAAUCUUUCAUGAAGAAUUCGAAUCUUGUUGUUCACAUACGUAGUCAUACUGGAGAAAAACCCUUCAGCUGUGAAAUAUGUGGAAAAUCUUUUGUGGAUAAUUGUUAUUUAAAAUUACACAAAACAUUACACACAGGAAAAAAACCGAAUCGCUGUGAGAUAUGUGGGAAAUCUUUCAUUAGUAGUUCGAAUCUUGUUAUCCACAAACGUAGUCACACUGGAGAAAAACCUUACAGUUGUGAAAUAUGUGGAAAAUCUUUUGCCUCUAAUUGUCACUUAAAAAGUCACAAACGCUUACAUUCUGGUGAAAAACCAUACCGCUGUGAUAUCUGUGGGAAGUAUUUUGUCUCUAAUGGUAAUUUGAGCAGACAUUCCAUGUUACACACAGGGGAAAAACCCUAUCGUUGUGAAAUAUGUGGAAAAUCUUUUACCACUCACAGUUUUUUAAAAACGCAUGCAACAGCACACACUGGUAAUAAACCUUAUAAUUGUGACAUUUGUGGAAAAGCAUUCGUUAGCAAUUCUGGUAUUUUGGUUCACAAACGUAGACACACCGGAGAAAAACCGUUUUCUUGUAAAGUAUGUAGCAAAUCUUUCGUAUCUAAUGGUGAAUUAAACAGACACAAACGAAUACAUAGUGGAGUAAAGCCGUUUCAAUGUCAAAUAUGUGGCAAAUCCUUCUUUAGUAAUUCAAAACUUGUUAACCAUAAUCGUAGUCACACUGGUGAAAAGCCCUAUCGUUGUGAAAUAUGUGGGAAGCCUUUUGUUUCUAACUCUAAUUUGACAAUACACAGAAGAAUACACACGGGAGAGAACUUGUCUCACUGUGAAACGUGUGAGAAAUCAUUUGUCACAAAAUAUGAUUUAAUAAAACACAAACGAACGCACAGCGGGGAGAAGCUGUUUCACUGUGAAACUUGCGGGAAAUCUUUUAGCCAGAGUUCUAACUUUGUUAUCCACAAAAGAGUACACACCGGAGAAGAACCUUAUCGUUGUAUAACGUGUGGGAAAUCUUUUAUGAGCGGCAGUAUGUUAAAGACGCACAAGCGAAUACAUUCAGGAAAGAAGCCUUUAAACAGAAAAAAGUGA